AUGCGGGCUACCUACGGUGGGAGGCCUGGUUAUUUCCGUCUUCAGGAACUCUCUGAUGUGUCUGCGACAUACUUAGCAAGAAUCCUCAGCGGUGGCGUCAUCUCUAGUACCAACGUGACGUUAGAGCCUGUGUCGACUGGAGAGCUUGUUGCUCUAACAUACGUGUCUACGCGAACACUGGUCAUCUUUGCGGCAGUGUCCACUCUCUGUCUAAGCCUUCUGAUGACUUACUAUGCCCUGAAGUUUGCGGUCACCAGGUCGAGCUCACCAAAUGAGGGCAUACUGAGACAGAAGGAAGGUUUAAGCGGUUCCUCUAUGUGGCCUGGGGGGAAAAACAAUCACUUAUUACGGUCUUUCUUCUCGCUCGAAAUAGGUGACGAUUUCGACUAUGCGAUCCGUAAAGUGUUUGAUGACUUCCGUAACACUGGUAAGUGUCAGAACCCUGAAGAUGCGUGCGUCAGGUUAUCACUGGAUUAUGAAAACAGGAACAUAAGGCACGUGGGCAUGCACGGGUGGGAUAGCUCGUUAAGCCCUGAUCCAAUUAAGGACGGGAAUGUGCUUAUGGGACGUAUGCUCGAAGUGUCAGAGGGCCUAGAUGUUGUACCAUUCAGCACAACAUCAUUAACCGAUGACCGAGAGUCCGAGGGCUUCAUAUUCGUCGAACAGUCCUAUCGCAACCUACCAUUGGGCCCCUUUAUAGCUAAGGCUAGGCAUUACGCGCGACAGCGGGCAAACCUGCGCGCGAGUCUGCGCCGGGAGUUCACGGCGGAGGUCUCUCACGGUGCGACUUUUGAUCUACGCUUAUUCGAGGUUAUGAGUGUGAAAGUCAAGGUGCUUGACCCUCAGGUACGCUUGCCCAAAUGGUGGACGUCUGGCAGGUCGCAUACGCGCCAUUCCGCAAAGACGUCUCGGAGUUUAUCGAGUGAGACCAUGAGGAUGACGCUCUCGUGCCAGGACAUGUGUGCAAAUAUGUUGUCGAAAAAUGUUUGGUAUAUAUUUACUACGUAAUCCGGAUGGAACCACAGGAACAACAGAAUCCUUUGUGCGGAGGCCCAAGUCCAUUGCCUGCGUUCGUCAUUUCCCCUAGCUAGAUGACAAGGUCGCCUGCGAAUCGCCCACAAACCCACUCGCCCUAUUGGCCGUGGCCCACUUCAGAUAUUUCCUUCGUUUGCAGUAUUGAAAGCUCUCUCUCUCUCCAAGACAUGCAAGCUCUCGUUAAAGAAUCUCCCCUCCUCUCAUUUCCCACCAACAGUAUAAUCGCAUUCUUGAGAAAGGCGAGCAGCGCUUUGUGACAUCGCUCCGGCACCCAAUUCACGUGGACGGCCUUUGGCAGCAGCUUCACCCCUGUCCCAGAGCCCAUUGCACCCAUGGUCGCGCUCUACCCUUUCCAUGACACCGCAAACUCAGCCUUCAGAGGCACCACCUCAGAGGACCUUUGGAUCGAGCUCUACCAUUCGCGUCCUAGCUGGACCGUUUCCCAGAUAUCCUACCGAAAGAACGACGGUCGCUGGAUACCAUUUGGCAAGUAUCAAGUACGACCUUCCCAGUCCGUUUUCAACCUCUCUCUCUCUCUCUCCGCCCCCCCCUCUUUUCAACCUCUCUCUCUCUGCCCCGAGUAUCCUGCUGGUUCUGACCUCUCAUGUACUCCCUCUUGUUCAUCAUUAGCUCAUUGAGGCCGACCAUGUAAAACCAGGCUUCCGUGUCUUCCGUAUUAAAGCGAAGCGUCUUGAGUUCCGUCUCGCCAAUGAGAAAGCUGAAGUCAUCGACUCCAACGUCGGCCGGAAUUACAUCAUCUCCAAGCCCGGUCGCUACGUCGUGGAAAGCGGCAGCGGCUGCCGUCGCGUAGCAGACGCUCAAAUAGCAGAUUGUUUGCGCGCGUCACGCCCCAUGGACCGUUUUGUAGAACUGUC